UUGUACUAAUCUCUCUCUCUCUUCUCUUCUUCUCUUCUUCAACCUUUGACUCCUCGCUUCCGUGCCCCGCGCCACGGUUCUCUCCCUCUUAGCGUGCUCCGACGUGCUCCUUGCAUCUCCACUCCUGCUCUUCAUCAUCAUCCUCUUGGUUAUCAUUUCUCUAGGGUUUUUGAAAAGGUUGGUGAUUGAUUGUUGUGAAACAGUUGGGCAGCAAGAGAGAGAGAGAAAGAGAGAGAGAGAGGAGAGGAGGAGCGGAAGGUGGAGAUUGUGGACUGGGGAAUGAGAAAAGGUGGGAGGUUUUUGAGUUUUGGUUGAUUGUUCAAGUGUGUCGCCAUGGCAGGGAGCAACGAGGUCAAUGUCAAUGAGUCUAAGAGGGUGGUGCCCCUGAACACAUGGGUGCUCAUCUCCAACUUCAAACUGAAGUACAACAUGCUGCGCCGGCCCGAUGGCACCUUCAACCGCCACCUUGCUGAGUUUCUCGACCGCAAGGUCUCCGCCAAUGCCACACCUGUCAAUGGUGUCCUCUCCUUUGACCUUCUCAUCGACCGCCCUACUAGCCUCCUUGUCCGUAUCUAUCGUCCCUCGCCCUUUCCUGAUACUGAUAACACUGAACCAUCCACCUCUUCAAUGUCCUCCCUCCUCACUGAUCUCAUUCAGCCCCCUUCCUCAGAUCCUUUCCCUGUGAUUGUAUUCUUCCAUGGUGGCAGCUUUGCACACUCAUCUGCCAACACUGCCAUCUAUGAUUCUCUCUGCCGCCGUUUUGUCUCACUUUGCAAUGCAGUUGUUAUCUCUGUUAACUAUCGCCGAUCCCCUGAGUAUCGGUAUCCAUGUGCGUAUGACGAUGGCUGGACUGCACUCAAGUGGGCUUCUACUCAACCUUGGCUUCAUUCUGGCAAGGAUUCCAAGCUCCGGGUCUUCCUUGCUGGCGAUAGUUCUGGUGGCAACAUCGCACAUCAUGUAGGACUGAGGGCCAUUGAGUCUGGCAUUACUAUUUCCGGCAAUAUUCUGCUCAACCCCAUGUUUGGUGGACAGGCUCGAACUGAAUCAGAGAAGAGAUUGGAUGGGAAAUACUUUGUGACAAUUCAAGAUAGAGAUUGGUAUUGGAAAGCAUUCCUUCCAGAGGGGGCAGACCGAGACCAUCCGGCUUGCAACCCUUUUGGUCCCAAUGGGAAUGAUCUCAAAGGCCUUCCCUUCCCGAGAAGUAUCGUUGUGGUGGCAGGGCUUGAUCUUGUUCAGGAUUGGCAGCUUGCUUAUGUUGAUGGGCUCAAGAAAGCCGGACAGGAUGUGAAGCUUGUUUAUCGUGAGCAGGCUACUAUAGGGUUCUACUUGCUGCCCAACACUGACCAUUUUUAUGAAGUCAUGGAGGAGAUCAAGGGUUUUGUGAGUUCUAAUUGUUAAUAAAUACAGACAAUAUAUAUAUAUUUAUAUAUGUCGAUACAGAUAUAGAUAUAGGUAUCGAGAGGUAGACAUCCUGCUUGGAGUUUGUUACUUCUUCCUGGAAGUGGUGCUGUAUUAGCUGGGGAUCAUUGUGUGCCUGAAAACUGGUUUUUCUUCAGAGUGUUUGCUUGUGUUUCAACUUGAAUUUAGUGGGCUGAUACACAGUUAUGCAUAUGAUGAAUCAAUUGAUGAUUUCGUUCACAGAAGUACAAAUAUGGAUUGAAUUACAAAAUGCCACAAUGAAGAGAUAAAAGGGCAAACAUCAUGCAACCAGACAAAAAAUGGCAGGAAGAGCUCUCAAGGAAAAGGAGCAAAGAAUGGAGACCAAUGAGGACAAAG